AUGCAUCCUGCCUCACCGCAUCAGCAUCGCACGCGCCUUAACAUAAACGCACCCGGAACAGGCACCGGACAAACACAAACCACGCCGGAUACCCUGAGCCCGCAGCAGCAGCAGCAGCACCAUCACCAACACCAUCAUCAUGGACAGCAGCAGCAGCAGCACACGGUGCAGAUCAGCUCCACCACACAUCCCUACCAGGGACUUAAAACCUCCGAAAACGAUGAGAUGGGCUGUGUGGAGCUGCUGGCCACAGCCAUAUCGGUGCUGAUCAUGAUUCUGACGUUUCCCUUCUCGGUGUUCAUCUGCUUCAAGGUGGUCUCCGAGUACGAGCGUGCGGUCAUCUUUCGCAUGGGUCGGCUGCGCAGCGGUGGUGCCCGUGGCCCAGGCGUCUUCUUUGUGCUGCCCUGCGUGGAUGACUAUUAUCCGGUGGAUCUACGCACCGUCUCGUUCGAUGUGCCGCCACAGGAGGUGCUGUCCAAGGACUCGGUGACUGUCACCGUCGAUGCGGUCGUCUAUUAUCGCAUCAGUGAUCCACUCAAGGCUGUCAUUCAGGUAUCCAACUAUAGUCACUCCACACGCCUGCUGGCUGCCACGACGCUGCGCAAUGUGCUCGGCACACGGAACCUCUCCGAGCUGCUCACCGAACGCGAGACCAUUUCGCAUACCAUGCAAAUGUCCCUGGACGAGGCCACCGAUCCCUGGGGCGUCAAGGUGGAACGUGUCGAAAUAAAAGACGUUUCGCUGCCCACCGCGCUGCAAAGGGCGAUGGCCGCCGAGGCGGAGGCUGCGCGGGAGGCGCGAGCCAAAGUGAUUGCCGCCGAGGGCGAGAUGAAGUCCUCGCGUGCACUCAAGGAAGCUUCAGAGAUCAUAUCGGCCAGUCCGUCGGCAUUGCAGUUGCGGUAUCUGCAGACGCUGAGCAGCAUCUCGGCGGAAAAGAACUCGACAAUUAUUUUCCCUCUGCCCAUGGAGCUGCUAACGCCAUUUCUCAACUCUUCUAACCAACUGGCGGCCAAUGCCCAUGCGCAGCUCCAUAGGCACCAGCACCAGCAUCAUCAGUGACGCUCGAUGUCGGUGCUGCAGCCGUACCUGGAGGCACUGGGUCGCUGCGAGCUGCGCCGGCAAAUCGCUGGAGACAACAACGUGGACGACGAUGACGACAUUGUUGGCUAUUUGUUAUAAGUGGAACCGGACAGGAAAGGUUUCUCUGUCUUGUGCCGAUGUGUUCCCUGGCGAAACAAGAAACACUCCACAAUGGACUUCAUUUGUUCCAAAUGCUGUGUUCUGGUUCUUGUCUGCCUGACGAGAGCCGACUGGUUGGCCUUUAUGUGGGAAUCAUAGCAAUUAUUUGUAAGUUAUAUUUUAGAAAAGCCACAUUUUUUUUUAACAUUAUUUAUUGAAUUGUUCAUAAUUCUCUUGAGCUUAUUUGCUUUUCUCGACCAAAUUUUAUCUGCCUUAUUAAAAAUGUAUUAUUAUUUCCAAAACUCAGGUUCUUUUGUUUAUGGCGAUAUGUUAAGUCAAAAAAAGAUCCCAAUUUUUACCAUCUAAGUAGGUUCGAUAUAAACGUCUUAAAUUGUGCAUAUAAAAGGAGGCAGCUUUUAAAAACUUCGUCAGUCUCUGAUAUAACUAAAACGAGUCGGGCGAUUACAGACUACAUUUUCCCAAAAAUACAUUUAUUGGCAAGAGUUGUUUACAAAGACUCCAAAUUGAA